UGGCUGCUGCGUUGGGAGGCCGGGUCCUCCUUCUCCUGCCCUCUUGAGAGCUUCCAGUGCCACGAGGGGGGCCGUGUGCCGCUGUGCCUGGGCCAGGAGAGGCAGAUCGGCUGCCAAGACGACACAGACGGUUGUCAGCCGCUGGGAAGCAUCUGCAGGAAUCACACCUGCCGGUGCGGCCACAGCAGCGGGCCCUGCCUGCCCUUUGAACGGUUUUGCGACAAGCGCCCGGAUUGCCCAGACGGUUCGGAUGAGGCCGAGUCUCUUUGCGCAUCCUCGCUGGGCCCGCUCGAGGAGGAUGACUGCGAAAGCGACGAGUUCCGAUGCUACCCAGGGGCCGAGUGCUACCCCCUGUCUUUCAAGUGCGAUGGCCAUCCAGACUGCGAAGACAGAGGCGACGAAGAGGGCUGCGGUGCGGAUUUGCUGCCAGAGACCCCGCAGAGAACCCCCAAAGGCCCCAGCGCUCCCCCAGAAACCCUGGCCUUGGACCCUUUGACCAUCACUGCCAUUGUCGCACUCCUGAUCACCGUGGUGGUGGCGGCGGCGGUCACCCUGUGGGCCUCCCGAAAA